CUCUCUCUCAUUGGAUUGGUGGCUUUUUCUUCGCGAGUCUGCUGUCAAAGGGACCAACCCACCAAAACCAGCACCAAAACCAACCAAAACCCACAUGCCCAAAACUGGAAGGUGAGGAAGGAGGAGGAGAAAGAAAGAGAGACAGAAAUGGCGAGAGAGAAGAUUCAGAUCAAGAAGAUCACCAAUGCGACGGCGAGGCAAGUCACUUUCUCGAAGCGACGAAGAGGGCUCUUCAAGAAGGCCGAGGAGCUGUCCGUGCUUUGCGAUGCCGAUGUCGCUCUCAUCAUCUUCUCGUCUUCUGGAAAACUCUUCGAAUACUGCAGUUCGAGCAUGAAGGAAAUUCUCGAACGACAUCAUUUGCACUCCAAGAAUCUUGAGAAAUUGGAUCAACCAUCACUUGAGUUGCAGUUAGUAGAAAACAGCAACUACUCUAGGUUAAGCAAGGAAGUUUCAGAGAAAAGCCACCAAUUAAGGCAGAUGAGAGGGGAAGAGCUCCAAGGACUAAAUAUCGAUGAACUGCAGCAGCUAGAGAAAUCGCUUGAAGCUGGGUUUAAUCGUGUAAUAGAAAAGAAGGGCGAAAAGAUCAUGAAAGAGAUCACUGACCUUCAACAGAAGGGAGCGAAACUAAUGGAAGAAAACAAGAGACUAAAGCAACAGGUUACCGUAAUUUCGGGCCGGAAAAAUGUCGCCACUGAUUCAGAGAUAAUUAACGAAGAAGGCCUCUCGUCAGAGUCUGGCACGUAUGUCUGCAACUCCAGCAGUGGUCCUCCGCAGGAGGACGAUUGCUCUGACAUUUCCCUUAAGUUAGGGUUACCCUACAAUGGCUGAUCUGCUGUCUAAAUCUAUAACAAUGAUGGGAUGCAUGAUCUGAUCUGUUGCUGAAAAACGUUGGAGAAACAACAUAGUCCCUUGUCUACGGUAACAUAUACUGGGAAUGACAGUGAUUUUUGUUAUUUUUUUUUUAUGGUUAAUACCGAGUUCAUUACCACUAUUUAAGAUUGUUUAUUCAGUGUUCUUCCAGUAAA